AUGGCGUUUGAAUCCGCGCUCGAACCAUUCGCUGACGCAUGUAUCCUCAUCCAGAUCUCGCACUGGCAGGCUCAGGAUGCUUCAGAACACUCGCCAAACGAGGAAGAAUUUCGUGCGACUUCUCCGGUAUCUGAGCUGACCAUGGAGGAAUGCUUGGACUGCGACCUGGAAUCCCUACGAUUAGAUGCUCUGGACUCCUGUAUCAUUUGCUACACAGUAUUUGAUGCUUGCAGAUCUCGUCGUGCCUCCGGUCGGGCCACGCCCGCUAUAAGACACCCGUCGAAGGGAGAAACCAAUUCCUGCUUGACGUCUACUCUCUCAAGUCGCGCAUAUAGUCGCGACUCACCGUUUAAAAUCCAAAAUCCCGUUUCACCCGGGUCGCCGUCUCUGUCAAUGUCCCCGCGGAUGGUGCCACGUCGACCAGUCCUCUUCCCCGGCAGGGAGCCAGCACUAAAGCUAAAAUCAUCGACGCCCAUCGAGAUGGAACGAACGAACGUGCUCGUCGAUUGA